GGCUCUGGGUGUGCCCCUGGUAUUCAUUCUGUGGUGGGAAGAAGGAAUGGAACUUACGUGUAUCCUUGAGAUGUGAACGGGUUCUAGGGGGUCACUUAAUCUAAGUGGAAAAUGAAUUCAAGGCACGUUCAUGGAGCGUUUCUGCUUGCCUGGUCCUCUGUGGGCUGAGUGGAGAGACUCUGCCCUCCCUGCGCUCCUAAGGCGUGAAAACAAUGCAGUGUGAUAAGAAUUGGCUUAUCAAGUGUUAUGGGGAUUUAGAACAGUUAGUUUUGCUUGGGGAGGAGUUGAGGAAGCUUCUACACUCGAGGAGACUUCUGAGUCGAGUUUUGAAACACCUGUGAGUAAGUGCUCAUCAGGUGAGGAGGAGCUCAGGGAACAGCUGGUACAAAGGCUUAGAGCCAUGUGGGAGUUGGGAUGAGUUUGGGGAGCAGCAAAUUGCCUGGGGUGCAGGAAGGAAAUGGUGAGAGAUGAGAGUAAAAUAAAAGUUGCUAGAAUUGUGAGGGGGCUGUCUUUGUUGUAGAUAGUGAACUAGUUGAAUUUGGAUUAUUGUACAUGGGUUGCUGAGUCUUCAUUCUUGCUGAUAAUUUUCUCCCUUUGUUGAUGUUGAAGCUGAUAUUGAUUGAACAUAUUUAGUUUAACUUAGUUAAUGACUUUUAAAUUUUUUUUUAUUUUUUCAGAACAAUGCAAACUUUUUUUUUUUUUUUUUUUUUUAAAGGAACAGGAUCUCACUCUGUCGCCCAGGCUAGAGUGCAGUGGCAUGAUCAUAGCUCGGUUGCAGCCUCUAACUCCUGGGCUUAAGCAGUUCUCCUGCCUUUGCCUCCUGAGUAGCUGGGACUACAGACAGGUGCCACCACACAUGGCUAAUUAAAAAAAAAAAAUAGUAGAGAUGGAGUCUGGCAGUGUUGCCUAGGCUGGUUUCAAACUCCUGGGCUCAGGCGAUCCUCCUGCUUCCACCUCUCCCUCCCAACGUGCUUGCUGGGAUUACAGGGGUGAGCCACUGGCCAGGCAGAACUUUUUUUUUUUUUUUUAAAUAAUAGAGAGGGGGUCACACUAUGUUGGCCAGGCUGGUCUUGAACUCUUGGGCUCAAGUGAUCCUCCAGCUUCAGCCUCUUAAAGUGCUGAAAUUACAGGUGUGAUCCACUGUGCCUGGCUAGCAGAACAUUUUUGAUAAGUGUUUUAUAUCAAAUGUUUUGACUUACACAGUAGUGAAUGAAUUGAACUCAUAUAUUCCUGGGGAUUCUUGCAAAAAAUUCUCUUAAAGUUAUACUUGCUCACAAAAAUGUUAACUUUAUAAAUGUAGAACACUCUCCUACUAAUUUUUAUUUUAUUAUUCUAUUGUUUUUUAUUUUUUUGCGACGGAGUCUCACUCUGUUGCGCAGGCUGGCGUGCAAUGAUGCGAUCUCGGCUCACUGCAACCUCUGCCUCCUUGGUUCAAGCAGUUCUUCUGCCUCACCCUCCUGAGUAGCUGGGUAGGCACACUCCACCACGCCCGGCUGAUUUUUGUAUUUUUAGUAGAGAUGGGGUUUUGUCGUGUUGGCCAGGCUGGUCUCAAACUCCUGACCUCGAGAGAUCUGCCCACCUCGGCCUCCCACGGCCUCGCUGGGAUUACAGGCAUGAGCCACUGUGCCUGGCCUAAAUUUUAAAUAUAAAUAAUGUACUCCCCAGUCUUACAGAAAUUGGACGACUAUAGAAAACAAACAUCAAAAAAAGUGUAGAAUGUUUAAGAAUUGUUUAAGCUGCAUCAAUGGAGCACAUACAGGGAGCUUGGAAGACGAUCAGCAAUGGUUUUGGAUUCAAAGAUGCCGUGUUUGAUGGCUCCAGCUGCAUCUCUCCUACAAUAGUUCAGCAGUUUGGCUAUCAGCGCCGGGCAUCAGAUGAUGGCAAACUCACAGAUCCUUCUAAGACAAGCAACACUAUCCGUGUUUUCUUGCCGAACAAGCAAAGAACAGUGGUCAAUGUGCGAAAUGGAAUGAGCUUGCAUGACUGCCUUAUGAAAGCACUCAAGGUGAGGGGCCUGCAACCAGAGUGCUGUGCAGUGUUCAGACUUCUCCACGAACACAAAGGUAAAAAAGCACGCUUAGAUUGGAAUACUGAUGCUGCGUCUUUAAUUGGAGAAGAACUUCAAGUAGAUUUCCUGGAUCAUGUUCCCCUCACAACACACAACUUUGCUCGGAAGACGUUCCUGAAGCUUGCCUUCUGUGACAUCUGUCAGAAAUUCCUGCUCAAUGGAUUUCGAUGUCAGACUUGUGGCUACAAAUUUCAUGAGCACUGUAGCACCAAAGUACCUACUAUGUGUGUGGACUGGAGUAACAUCAGACAGCUCUUAUUGUUUCCAAAUUCCACUAUUGGUGAUAGUGGAGUCCCAGCACUACCUUCUUUGACUAUGCGUCGUAUGCGAGAGUCUGUUUCCAGGAUGCCUGUUAGUUCUCAGCACAGAUAUUCUACACCUCACGCCUUCACCUUUAACACCUCCAGUCCCUCAUCUGAAGGUUCCCUCUCCCAGAGGCAGAGGUCGACGUCCACACCUAAUGUCCACAUGGUCAGCACCACCCUGCCUGUGGACAGCAGGAUGAUUGAGGAUGCAAUUCGAAGUCACAGCGAAUCAGCCUCACCUUCAGCCCUGUCCAGUAGUCCCAACAAUCUGAGCCCAACAGGCUGGUCACAGCCGAAAACCCCCGUGCCAGCACAAAGAGAGCGGGCACCAGUAUCUGGGACCCAGGAGAAAAACAAAAUUAGGCCUCGUGGACAGAGAGAUUCAAGCUAUUAUUGGGAAAUAGAAGCCAGUGAAGUGAUGCUGUCCACUCGGAUUGGGUCAGGCUCUUUUGGAACUGUUUAUAAGGGUAAAUGGCACGGAGAUGUUGCAGUAAAGAUCCUAAAGGUUGUCAACCCAACCCCAGAGCAAUUCCAGGCCUUCAGGAAUGAGGUGGCUGUUCUGCGCAAAACACGGCAUGUGAACAUUCUGCUUUUCAUGGGGUACAUGACAAAGGACAACCUGGCAAUUGUGACCCAGUGGUGCGAGGGCAGCAGCCUCUACAAACACCUGCAUGUCCAGGAGACCAAGUUUCAGAUGUUCCAGCUAAUUGACAUUGCCCGGCAGACGGCUCAGGGAAUGGACUAUUUGCAUGCAAAGAACAUCAUCCAUAGAGACAUGAAAUCCAACAAUAUAUUUCUCCAUGAAGGCUUAACAGUGAAAAUUGGAGAUUUUGGUUUGGCAACAGUAAAGUCACGCUGGAGUGGUUCUCAGCAGGUUGAACAACCUACUGGCUCUGUCCUCUGGAUGGCCCCAGAGGUGAUCCGAAUGCAGGAUAACAACCCAUUCAGUUUCCAGUCGGAUGUCUACUCCUAUGGCAUCGUAUUGUAUGAACUGAUGACGGGGGAGCUUCCUUAUUCUCACAUCAACAACCGAGAUCAGAUCAUCUUCAUGGUGGGCCGAGGAUAUGCCUCCCCAGAUCUUAGUAAGCUAUAUAAGAACUGCCCCAAAGCAAUGAAGAGGCUGGUAGCUGACUGUGUGAAGAAAGUAAAGGAAGAGAGGCCUCUUUUUCCCCAGAUCCUGUCUUCCAUUGAGCUGCUCCAACACUCUCUACCGAAGAUCAACCGGAGCGCUUCCGAGCCAUCCUUGCAUCGGGCAGCCCACACUGAGGAUAUCAAUGCUUGCACGCUGACCACGUCCCCGAGGCUGCCUGUCUUCUAGUUGACUUUGCACCUGUCUUCAGGCUGCCAGGGGAGGAGGAGAAGCCAGCAGGCACUUUUCUGCUCCCUUUCUCCAGAGGCAGAACACAUGUUUUCAGAGAAGCUGCUGCUAAGGACCUUCUAGACUGCUCACAGGGCCUUAACUUCAUGUUGCCUUCUUUUCUAUCCCUUUGGGCCCUGGGAGAAGGAAGCCAUUUGCAGUGCUGGUGCAUCCUGCUCCCUCCCCACAUUCCCCAUGCUCAAGGCCCAGCCUUCUGUAGAUGCGCAAGUGGAUGUUGAUGGUAGUACAAAAAGCAGGGGCCCAGCCCCAGCUGUUGGCUACAUGAGUAUUUAGAGGAAGUAAGGUAGCAGGCAGUCCAGCCCUGAUGUGGAGACACAUGGGAUUUUGGAAAUCAGCUUCUGGAGGAAUGCAUGUCACAGGCGGCACUUUCUUCAGAGAGUGGUGCAGCGCCAGACAUUUUGCACAUAAGGCACCAAACAGCCCAGGACUGCCGAGACUCUGGCCGCCCGAAGGAGCCUGCUUUGGUACUAUGGAACUUUUCUUAGGGGACACGUCCUCCUUUCACAGCUUCUAAGGUGUCCAGUGCAUUGGGAUGGUUUUCCAGGCAAGGCACUCGGCCAAUCCGCAUCUCAGCCCUCUCAGGGAGCAGUCUUCCAUCAUGCUGAAUUUUGUCUUCCAGGAGCUGCCCCUAUGGGGCGGGGCCGCAGGGCCAGCCUUGUUUCUCUAACAAACAAACAAACAAACAGCCUUGUUUCUCUAGUCACAUCAUGUGUAUACAAGGAAGCCAGGAAUACAGGUUUUCUUGAUGAUUUGGGUUUUAAUUUUCUUUUUAUUGCACCUGACAAAAUACAGUUAUCUGAUGGUCCCUCAAUUAUGUUAUUUUAAUAAAAUAAAUUAAAUUUAGGUGUAA